AUGACCCUGUCAAUUUCUAAGGAGCCUUCAAACAAGGAUUUUUUCAAUCCGCAAUAUGGGUAUGCUGACGUUAAUGUGAAAACGCAGCAAUACUCAGAUAAACCAACACCAAUAUUAGCUCAUCAUAAUAACAAAGCAGCUGAAUAUAUAUCGGAUCAUGCUGAUAAGGAGCAUGCCAAAAAAUACGCUCAACUGGGAGGCAAAAGGAUAUUUAAUAUGUUAAUUGGAUUUAUAUGUCAUUAG